AUGAACUCAUCGGGUUUCUUUUUCUUCAAGUUUGAGGAGAAGGAGGGUAUGAUGAAAGUGCUGGAAGGAGGUCCGUGGUUGAUAAGGAAAAUUCCUUUAUUUCUUAAUGUAUGGUCGCCGAAGGUUAGCUUAAAAAAAGAUGGCAUUAAAACGCUUCCUCUUUGGGUCAAAAUGCAUAAUGUUCCGAUUGCAGUUUAUUCGGAUGAUGGCUUAAGCUUGUUGGCUUCUAAGUUGGGAGUGCCUAAAAGAUUGGAUUCAUACACAGCGGAUAUGUGUGCAGAGAAUUGGGGUAGGAGUAGUUAUGCCCGUGCUAUGCUAGAGGUAAAUGCUGAAACUGAGCUCAAAGAUUAUAUAUCUAUUGCUAUCCCUAAGAUGAUUGAGGAGGGCUAUAUUAUGGAACGAAUUAAAGUUGAAUAUGAGUGGAGACCACUUCGGUGUGCAACAUGUUGUUUGUUUGGCCAUGAUGAGAAUACAUGUAGUAAGGUUGACAAAGGGAAGGCAAAACAGGUUUCGGUAGAUGAGGAAGGGUUCGUAACUGAUAGAAGACGGGUAGCUAGACAAACAUUUCCCCAAAGGAAACAACAGCGUCCGAAGGUUAUAUAUAGACCUAAGAUAAAUAAUUCUGGAGCGAGUACAUCGGGAACCAAAGCAAAGAGUGAUCAGCCUACUAUGCAGGUGUCGAACUCGUUUCAGGUUUUAACUCCGGUUGAAGAUGGUGAACAACCAAAGGCUGAUAAUGAGCAUACUCGCCGUGUGAGUCCUGAGAAGGAAGCUGGUUUAGAGAAUAAGGAGGUUCUGGAACGGGUCCUAACUGAAAUGUCUAAAUUCAUGGGUAAUAAUGUUAAGAGUACUCAGUCUGAGGGGUUGAGUAUUUGUGCGGUUCUGGAGACGCAUGUGAAUGUUAAUAAUCUUGAUAAGGUUUGUAAGGGGGUCUUUCGUAGGUGGAAUUGGACUUCGAAUGGCUGUCUAUGUCAAAGAGGAACCAGAAUUAUUUUGGGGUGGAAUACAGAGGAUGUUGAUCUCAUGGUGCUCUCACAAUCUGACCAGGUUAUUCACACUCAAGUUCUGUUAAAAGCUGAAUCCAAAACCUUUCUUUGUUCCUUUGUCUAUGCGGAAAAUAAAUAUCAAGAUCGUAGAUCCCUUUGGGAGGAUAUCUGUAAGCAUUCUAGUUUAGCUCACGAUCAACCAUGGGUAGUGUUAGGGGAUUUUAACUCAGCUCUCAAUAUGGAGGAUUGUCUAUACGGUCCCUCGAGUCACACCAUUAGUAUGAGAGAAUUUUUUGAUUGCAUCCAAGUUGCUGAGCUUGUGGAUGUUCGGAGUCAUGGGCUUCAUUACACUUGGAACCAAAAGCCUAGAGAAGGGAUUGGAGUACUCAAGAAAUUAGAUCGUAUCAUGAGUAACAUUAAAUUUAUGGAUUUAUUUCCUGAUGUUUAUGCUUUGUUUCAGCCGGAUCGGGUCUCUGAUCACACCCCCUGUAUCUUAAAGUUACCAGUUAUUCCUCGUAAAAAGCAGAAGCCGUUUAAAUUCCCAAAUUUCCUGACUGCUAAACCGGAGUUCAGGCAGCAUGUUGUUCGUGAAUGGGCCAAGGAUGUUCAAGGUUAUGCUAUGUUCUCGGUUACUAGGAAAAUGAGAAAUCUGAAACCAUGUCUACGUAAACUCUUACACCAACAGGGGAACCUUCAUGAAAAGGUUAAAAGGUUGCGUAAUGAGCUGGAUUCGGCCCAGCAGUUAGUUGAUACUAAUCCCCUUGACGUAGAAGCUCGUGACUUGGCUGCCAAGUGUCUACAUGAUUUUCAGGAGGCGGCCUAUGACGAAGAAUGUUUCCUUAAGCAAAAAUCGAAGGUUCAAUGGCUGUGUGCUGGUGAGGAUGUUACUUCUGCCCUUGUGGAGCAUUAUUCAAAUUUUUUGGGUACUGAUCAGAUAGUUCAGAAUUUUGAUGAUGAAGACCUCUUUGUUAAUACCCUUAGCCAAGUAUCGGCUGAUAACAUGGUAAGACAAGUGACUCGAGAGGAGGUGAAAACAGCCAUGUUUAGUAUUGGUGAAAAUAAGGCCCCGGGCCCUGAUGGAUUCACAUCUGCUUUCUUUAAACAAUCGUGGGAUAUUGUAGGAGAUGAGGUAACGAAUGCGGUUCUUGAUUUCUUUCAAAAUGGUAAACUUCUGAAACAAGUCAACCAUACGAUCUUGGCGCUCGUUAAUACUCCUAACUCUGUUAUUGACUACCGUCCUAUUUCUUGCUGUAAUGUGCUCUUUAAAUGCAUCAGUAAGAUCAUCACAGAUAGGAUUAAAGGGAGUUUGGAAAGCUUGGUCAGCAUAAACCAGUCGGCGUUUGUUCCGGGUAGAAAAAUCACUGAUAAUAUUCUCCUGACGCAGGAAUUGAUGCAUAAUUAUCAUCUUAGUAGAGGCCCGGCUAGAUGUGCUUUUAAAAUUGAUAUCCAAAAGGCAUACAAAACAGUCAACUGGUCUUUUCUAGAGACAAUCCUCAACCGAUUUGGUUUUCAUAGUAAAAUGGUGAAUUGGAUCAUGUCAUGUGUUUCAACGGUGACCUACUCGCUGAGCAUUAAUGGGGAACUUCAUGGUUAUUUUGCGGGAAAACGUGGUCUUAGACAAGGAGACCCUUUGUCUCCGUAUUUGUUCACUCUAGUAAUGGAAGUCUUGACCCUACUUUUGCAGCAAGCAGCCUCACAGACGUCGUUUAAAUUCCAUGCUAGUUGCUCAAAACAAAAGAUAGUUAGUGUCUCGUUUGCUGAUGAUUUAUUUGUUUUUUCUCAUGGUGAUAGUGUUUCGGUUAAACAUCUGAGAGAUGCUCUUGGAAAGUUCUCUAAUAUCUCGGGUCUUGUCCCUAGUCCUUCUAAAAGUACGGCUUUCUUCAGUAAUGUUCCUCGGCACAUUAAGAUAUUAAUUCUUGAAGUUAUGCCCUUCCAUGAAGGCUCCUUGCCGGUUCGGUAUCUCGGAGUUCCACUGAUAUCAACUAGACUCGCGGCCAGUGACUGCAAAAUUCUUUUGGAGCGUGUUGAAAGAAGAAUAGAUAACUGGGUGUCUAAAUCCUUGUCUUUUGCUGGAAGACUCCAGCUUAUUAACUCGGUUUUGGCAGCCAUGUAUUCUUAUUGGACUUCGGUCUUUAUGCUUCCUCAUGGUGUUAUUAGAGAUUUGGAGAAAAAAUUGCGAUCUUUUUUAUGGAAUGGGGGUUUGCAAGGUUCGGCUCGGGCAAAAGUGGCAUGGAAACAUGUUUGUACUCCUAAAGAUGAGGGCGGUUUAGGCAUUAGAAGCAUCAUGGACGUGAAUAAAGCCAUGUUGACAUCUCACAUUUGGAGCAUAAUAACGAAUCGUAAAUCGCUGUGGGUUCAAUGGAUUCAUUCUUAUAAGCUGAAAGGUAAAAGUUUCUGGGAGAUUCAAUGUAAAGGUAAUAUUACUUGGGGAUGGCGGAAACUCUUGGCUAUUCGGUCUAGUAUUCGGUCAUCUAUUUGGAUAACUGUUCGAAGUGGGCGGCAAACUAAUGCUUGGAGCGAUAAUUGGUGUUCAUACAGUCCUCUUCGGUCUUUUAUCUCCCCUAGGGCGAUAGCGAAUGCUGGUUUUUCUCUUAGUUCUAUGGUUGCUGACCUUAUAUCUGAGACUGGACAAUGGUUGUGGCCUGAAGCUUGGUAUGAUAUUUAUCCAGUCCUUAUAAAUGUUGAUAUCCCUCAACUUAUAGCGGAUGUUGAAGAUCGGUUCGGCUGGAAAGAUUUGGAAGGCAAAAUUCAGCACUUUGGAUCUUGGGAGGUUUGGAACAAUUUGCGGUAUAGAGAUGAUAAGGUUACUUGGGCUAAUGCGGUGUGGUUUUCUCAAUGCAUUCCUCGUCACUCUUUUCAUCUAUGGCUAGUUAUCAAGGAUAAACUCAAGACACAAGAUAGGAUGUCGGUGUGGGAAGCGGGCAGUGCUACUAAUUUACAGCUCAUGUGCUGUCCUUUAUGCAAGUACGAUCGUGAUUCUAAAGACCAUCUAUUUUUCCAAUGCCCUUAUGCGUCUGAGGUAUGGGGUCUGGUUAGAAACAUGGUAGAUAUGGGGAAUGUAACGAACACCUGGUCAUCGAUCAUGCAAUGGAUGGAGACCAAUACAAACUCAAGAACUCUGGAGCAUAUUAUUUGCAAAAUCAUGGUAGCGGCGUCCACGUAUUAUAUAUGGCAGGAACGGAACAAUCGCUUAUUCUCUCCUCUUCAACGAAGUGCUGAGGCUCUCUCAAAAACUAUCACUGAUACGGUUCGGCUUAGGAUUAUGGGUCUCAAGAUUGGUGGGCAACCGAAUUAUAAGAAGAUAAUGGAAAGGUGGCUGAUCUCGAAGAAUUUGGAGAUAGAUCCGGGUUAA